UAUCCCUUUAAUGACACUGUCCUUAAAAUGUCUCUUUUAGGUCAGUAUACCUGGCAACUGAAUGCGCGAAGCGCGCUCACUAGGUGACUCAAAAUAUUGGAUGGUGCCCCCCCCCCCAUGCCGUGACCCACGAUACGCCACUGUGUGAAGAUCUGUAUACUUUAUCUAGUUAAUACUCCCUCUUUUGCUAAUUCUGUUAUCAACUAUUCAACUCCUACAAGAGCUUCACUUUGACAUAAAAAUAAGAUAACGAUUAGCUACUUUUCUUCACUACAAAAACGAAACCUUCCAAAGAGUUCUGAGUGUCUAUUCAAAUUCAGAUAUCGAUGGACGAUAAGCCCAUUUAGAUUAUUGAUCCCCAAUAGUUUCCGAUGCUUUUUGUGGUUCUAACGUUAAAGGGGUUUAUCAAUAGACGAUUAUUCCAGGACUUGAGCUGGGGGCGCUUUCCUUCCCUUUUUACAUUUUACACAAAAUCUGUAUCUCUUUUGUGAGGCGACAAAGUGUCAUCAAAAGCAUUAAACCCGACCCUUGUUCUCUUUUUAUUUACCAUCCCCAUCGUUGUUACGCAAUAUGUCUCACCGGGGGGACACUUGGCGUAAGGUUUCUACCCCAAGAUGCAGUGGCUUUUAAUUCUUCUGCGGGAUUUGUCUUCUUUAUUCGCUCUGAUAUCGAAGGUUUGUUUUGUCCCUUCAGCAAACAUCUGAAAGUCGCUUCAGGUGUUGAGAUGUGACAAGCACUGUUAUAUUCGUUGAAAAAGCAAGUUGUUCACAGUGUCCACUAAAGAUAUCAUACCUCAAGGAUGAGCUUCCACUGUACAGUAGAUGUCACCGUGGUCACUAUAUAGGACGGUCACUGAUGCCACCAUUACAGACGAGUAAAACCUUGUCAACAUUUCAGAAUUCCGCUGAUUGACUCAAAUAUAAUAGUCUAUGCAUGAUAUUUUGAACAUUAAUUCCCAUGCCUUUUUUAUUUCUUAAACUGAUCUUACUAUUUUCUUCUAUUUUUGGAUGUGAUGCAUAUUGGAUAUCUAUCUCUAUAAGUUGCAACCACCUGCCCACUUUCUUGUCGGACCUGGUCAUUUUUAAAAGGUGUUCAUUAAAGCCGUCUUAACCAUGUUAACCGAGCGGUUAGCGUAACCUUGACGGUCAUUCCGCGGCUCACCGCAUCAUGUUCGACAGCCCAGCCAGGAGUCGAUAAUCAAUAGCUCAUCCUCAUCCACACAAUGUGUAUCAAUGGCAUGAUCACGUGGCAUUGGAACAUCUAUUGUCUUUUGGAAAGUUUUUAUUAUUGUCUGCGGAGUCUCCUAUAGUACUUAUUGCCUAAGACUCGUCACGCGGAACAUUAGAUCACGGUGAUAUUGAUUCUUGCUAUGAUGGAAAUGGAAACUGAUUUGUACCAAAGUUUAACAUGCAUGUCUUGCUUCAUUGAGUGAAGUCUUGUACUUGUUUACGCGAAUGUUUAUUUCUCCUACCUAUAGCUACGUUCGAGUUCUAUGUUGUAUGCUGAAACACUCUGCCGACAACCCUCCUUUUUAUAUAGCGUGGAAGACAUCUUUUUCUUUUCACAUGAAGCCCUAUUGUUGACUGUUAUAAUUAAAAGAAUACCAACGUUCCAGUAUACUUACUUGAUUAACGAUGAGGACUUAAGACUAAUCAUAUAGCCUUUGGGGUGCAACAAAUUCAAGAUUGUUGUCGGAUCAUUGUGGAUUGAAUGUUUUUCUGACCAUUUUUCGUCACCAAAUAGAAAAUGACAGACUAGAUGUAUAGGUGAUCAUGAUGAUUGGACAACCUGAACUUUCUGAUUUUAAAGAAGCUUUUGAGUUAACUAAUGCUGAUCCUGAUUACCCUCGUGUUCUCGACAUAAACUUUUUUACUCGUUGAUGGUUACGACGAUGAUGCCGAAAGAAGACGAUGCGGAGCCGCUACAGCUCCCUGUCAUUGACCAUGAUUUCUUGGUUGCUCUACCAAAGAGAACUGAAGGAUCGAGUCCACAACCAAGCCCAUCCUGUGAAUUGAAUGGCUCCUCUCGUUCUACAAUCGAUCAUCAAAAUCGAAAUCGAAAGACCCCAGACGACCGCACCAAUAAGAAAAACGGUUCGCUUUCUCGUCUUUCACAAUCAAACAGCAGUAAGUCUUUGUCUUCGGUGUCCAUCGGGACGAGGAAAAGUAUCAGCAGCAGUGGAUCGGAAAUCCGAUCGCAGAACGAAUACCUUGAGAAAUGUGUCUCGGACAUUUUCGAGAGACAUCGGCAACCGUCGGCGCUGUCCAUGCAGAGGAGUGACAGCGGGAGCUCACGGGCGACCACCGAAGAUGGUCGGGGAUCUUCGGAACUGGAGAACGAGGUCGAAAACGUUUCGGCAAAAAUCGACGAGAGUUUGAGAUGGGACAAUCCGUGUUCGAACCCCGAGGAAGAAAAAGAAAGGAUUCGAAUGUACAAGGUAAAUCGCAGGAAAAGAUAUCUAAUGGACGUUGUAAAGCAUAGACGCGACAAGGAAGGUGUUCUAAAAUUUGCCGUAGAACUUGCGUCAUUGGAUCCCGGAAGUUAGUAGAUUCAUUAUUAAUAUUCUCCUGUUAAGCACAAUCAGUCUAUGCAAUGCAGUAUGACAUGUAUGGAAAAAAUGGAACUGGAUUACUUUUGUAUUCAUCCUUCCCCCUCUUCUAUCUCUAUUUGUGCUGAAGUGGCAUUGGCACACAGAGUAAGUAGUGGUAAUGCCACUGUGCUAUGAAGAACACCUAUCUUUGGUUAUAUUUAGUCAUGAAAUGACAGCCUCGAGAAUGAAAACUUACACACUUAAUUCCAAGGAUUUAGAAUAAAUCCACAUCGGCUGUGAAUAGUGUCCAGCCGAAUUUAAAUUUAUUUUGAAUCUGCAGGAUUAACUUUUAAAUCUCAAAAGAUUUAAAUUCAAAUACUUUAGAUUUAUGUUUAAAUCAACGAGGUUAAAAUCUAAAUCUAAUAUUCGGCUGGUCACUAUUCACAGCCAAUCUAGAUUUAUUUUAAAUCCUUGGAAUUUAGAGUGUAAGGAGAUACUCUAGAGUAGGUAAAAUUAAACAAGCAAAUCGCUAGAAGAUUCAUUGAAAUCAUAUAAAACAAAUUAUGAAGUUAUGCAUUUUUCCUCGAAACAUUUCUCUACACAUUAUCAUGAAUAUGCAAUUUAAAGAGCUGAUGUCAUCUCCUUAAUUUUGUAUUUUAUCAUAUAAAAUUACAAUCCAAUAUUAUGCUCCAUGCAAGGUUGUGAAAAAACUCGACCACAGAUUUGUAAAUAAGAUCAUCAUCGCGCAACGUAUUUUCCUACAAGGAAAAGCAUUUAUUUCAUUGUAUGAGGGAAAGUGAUUUUAUUUGCGAUUUCGUAUACUAAAAUACGGAAAACAAAAGUAUGAUAUCAGCAUCAUCUUGUUCCCUGAAUAUUCACGACGAUGUGCAGAUAAUAAUGCACAAGUCUCAAAUUCAACCACUUCUUUAUUUUUUAUCUGAUUUUGAUGAAGUUUUCAAUAUAUUGUUCAAUCUUAUUCUAUUUGAUUAAGUUACCUGGAUUACUCCUUCACACGAUUAUUUCAUAAAUCACUCUUUCAUAAUUAUUGGACGAUGGUUCUCCGUGACUCUUUUAGAGAAAUAUAUUAUUGCUGCAUGUCUUGCAAUUUGAUCCCAGGGCAAAGCUUUUUGGGGGGCAAUAAUGUCUAAAAUCCACACGCCAAGGGUGCCUGAUAGUUGGUAUUCUCGGCCUAUAGUUAAAUCAUCUUUUCCAACGCCCCCCCCCCCCCCCCCCGUCUUAGGGGUCAACAAUGCGAUUGUGUCCAAUCGAUCUCAAAUUUCGAUUGGUAAACCAAUCGCAAUUUUAGAAUAUACUAAAGAUAUUAAGAAUAUGAAAAAUCAUUUAAUAUCUUUAGUAUAUUUUUUUAGAUUAAU